UCAUCAUCCCAGCUAAUCCUGUCCAGAAACCGCCAUGCCGCCGGACAUCGAGAUCAUUGUGGGCACCUACGAGGAGUAUCUGCUGGGCUACCAGCUGUCUGAAGUGCCCGGCGACUCCACUACGGCCAAAUUGCAGCUAAAACAGACCUUCGCCGAUCGAUCCCAUGCAGGAUCCAUUAAAUCCGUGGCCGUCCAGGGUCCCUGGGUGGCCAGCGGUGGCAGCGAUGACCGGAUCUUCGUCUACGACAUGCGGACACGCAAGCAAUCGCAGAUCCUGCUCUCCCAUUCCGGCACCGUGAACACCCUGCAAUUCUCGCCCGAUCUGACGCAUUUGCUCUCGGGCAGCGCCGAUGGCCACAUGAUCGCCACUCGUGUGGGCAGCUGGACAACGGAGGGCGAUUGGCGCAAGUCGCAUGCCGGCCAGCCGGUGACCCACAUCAGUUGCCAUCCCAGCAGCAAAUUGGCCUUGUCUUUGGGCGGCGACCAGGUGCUGAAUACCUGGAAUCUGGUCAAGGGUCGCGUGGCCUACAAGACGAACCUGAAGAGCAAGACCACGCUGGGCAGCCAGCCGGAUUGCCUGUCCUGGUCGACGCAGGGCGACCACUUCACGCUGAGUGGUCCGCUGUGCCUGGAGAUCUGGGACAUCAAGAACGCCCAUGUGGUGCGACGCACCAAGACGCCAGCGAAGCCCAUUUGCGUGGCCUGGCUGGAUGGGAGCAGGCUGCUCGCUGGCCUGGAGAACGGCAGCAUUGCCUGGAUUUCCCUGGAUGACGAGGAUGAGGAGUCUCCACCCAAAAUUAUUCCCGCACACGAGGCGCGGGUCAAGGCCAUGGCCUAUCUGAACGAAUCCCUGGCCACCGUUUCCAGCGCCGGCGAAAUCAAAGUCUGGCGGAUCGACCUCGAGCAGCGGCAGCUGGAGGAGAUUGCCAGGACGAGCAUGGACUGUCGACCCACCGGCCUGGGUCUGCUGGAUCUGGGGCAGUUCGGCAAUGCCCGUCCGGCGGUGGAGCAGCGCAUCAAGGUGGAGAAGAAGCCAAAGGCCCAGGCGGAGGGCAGCAGCACAUCUGCGAAGCCAGCGGCUCCACGCGGAUUCGUGACCAUCGAGUACGAGCAGGAUGAGAAGCAGAAAGCGGAGGAGGAGGAGGAGCCGGAGGAGAAGGAGGCAAAGAAGCCAAAGAAGAAAGUAACAAAGAAGGCGGCGCCGCAGGAAGCUGAAGAAUCCUCCGAGGAGAGCAACUCCUCCGACGAGGAAAGCGACGACUUUGACCAGGAGAGCGACAGCGAGAGUGACGCCUCCAGCGAUGGUGGCCGAAGGAAGAGGAGGCCCACCAAGCGGAAACAGCCACCCACUCCCUCCGCCAAGCGAAAAGUCAAGCAGCAGAAAAGGAAAUAAUCUAAUGCUUAAUUUUUACACUAUUCUAUGACUGUCAAUAAAGUUGAGUUAAUUUAAAUC